CCAUCCAUACCACUUGUGCACUUGGAAGAUUUCCCAAGCCACCAGAAGCCAUCCAUGGAUUCAUCCAACAAGACCAACAAGAUCACAGAAGUCGUCAGGCUGCAACAGAUGCUGAAGAAGUGGAAGAAGCUCGCAGCUGCACCGAAGAGUAACAGCAAGAGCAUCAAGUUCCUGAAGAGGACUCUCUCCGUCUCCGACACCUCUGCGGCGCACUCGGGCGACAUUCCCAAGGGAUGCUUGGCGGUGUGCGUGGGAGAGGAGAUGCAGAGAUUUGUGAUCCCGACGGAGUACUUGAGCCACAGGGCCUUUGCCAUUCUGCUGAGGGAAGCAGAAGAGGAGUUCGGGUUCGAGCAGGAAGGUGUGCUGAGGAUUCCCUGCGAGGUUUCUGUGUUCGAGAGCAUACUGCAGACGGUGGAGACCAACUACUGUUGAUCCGAGCCAGUGUGCGGAGAUAAGCAUGUAGCUGCAGGCGUGGGAUGACACUUCUCCCCCCCACAAUCUAUGUUCUUAUCUUUCCUUUCCAUGUUCAUGUGAGGAUCAAAUGCUAGGUUGGGUCAAGCUACUGUGUCAACUUGCAAAUUAGCUGUAGGAGACUGUAGGCCUGUUUGAUGAUUAAUGAAACUUGGCUGCUUCACC